CGGAAACUGUUUGAACUCAGCCAAACUGGGGUCGAGGGAGCCAUCGCAUUCCUGCAACUGUACUGCGGGGAGGGAAGGCGAGGCACGAGCGGUGAGAAUACACAGAUGAAUCCCUCCCUCGUAUUCUAAUAGGUUGGCGCUACGAUGCGUAAAAAGGUAAAUAGGAUGCAUAGAUAGGAACAAUUGAGAAACACCCAACCUACUUAAAUUCAUAACCCGAUUGGUCCUCGCAGCGCCACACGGAUUCGAACGCUUGAUGACGUGUUCGAGGAAUCUGAUUCAUAUCGAAGUCCAUUGAAUCUACGAAAGUCAUCGUGUAACCUGUGUUUGGAUUGUUGAAGCACAACAUCUGGAUUUUAUAUGCAAGGACCCACAGAAUUGUGACAGAAAUGGCACCUAAAAAACGAGCGAUUAAACCACCAACGAACGGCCUCACGGAUGGUGUCUGCAAAAAGCGAAGAAAAUACAAUCAUAUAGCUGCUCUUAUCCUCGCCCGAGGGGGGAGUAAAGGAAUCCCUUUAAAGAAUAUUAAGAAGUUGGCAGGUGUUCCUCUGAUCGGAUGGGUCAUCAGAGCAGCUUUCGACUCUGGUGUUUUUGAAAGUGUUUGGGUGUCAACGGAUCAUGAUGACAUUGCGGACGUAGCAAAAAAUUUGGGUGCCAAGGUGCACAGAAGGAGUCCAGAAGUCUCCAAGGACUCAUCUACCUCACUGGAAACCAUACAGGAAUUUGUCAGACAAAACUCAGAUGUUGAUGUCAUUUGUAACAUCCAGGCAACUUCUCCAUGCCUGCACCCAUACCAUCUACAGGAGGCUCUGGAACUCAUAACCCAAAAACAGUUUGACUCUGUCUUCUCUGUGGUCCGUCGACACCAUUUUCGUUGGCGUGAAGUCAAAAAAGGGACCUGUACUUUUCCUGAAAACCUCGACCCAGCCAAUAGAAAACGCCGUCAGGACUGGGAUGGAGAACUGUGUGAAAACGGCUCAUUUUACUUUGCAACUAAAAACCUCAUUGAUAAAGGACUUCUUCAGGGUGGAAAUACUGCAUACUAUGAGAUGAAGCCCGAGUACAGUGUGGAUAUUGAUGUAGACAUAGACUGGCCUGUAGCUGAGCAAAGAGUGCUGAGAUUUGGGUACUUUGGUAAGGACAAUCCAAAGGAUGUAAAGCUCCUGGUGUGCAAUGUGAUGGGAUGUCUGACAGACGGUCAAAUCUGCCUUUCGGUGGAUAAAGAGGAAAUGUUGUCCUUCAAUUGCAGAGACCGGGCCGGCAUCCACAUUCUGAAAAGAAAGGGGGUGGAGGUUAUUCUAAUGCUCUCCAGUGAAGACCUAAUCCCAGAAGCCCUAGCUGACAAACUCGCUAAGAGAAUGAACUGUUUAGUUUUGCAAGGAGUGGAUGAUAAACAAACAGAGGUGGAGAAAAUUAUGGAGAAGAGAGGUCUGCAGUGGAAGCAGGUGGCUUAUUUGGGUAACGACGAGCCAGACAUAGAUUGUCUAAACCUGGCAGGGUUAAGUGCAGUACCCAGUGAUGCCCCAGUGGUGGCGCUCUAUGCUGCAAAGUACACCUGCCACAGCUCAGCGGGUCAUGGGGCCGUGAGAGAGUUUGCCAAGUACAUCCUGGAACUGAAAAUGAAGGACAAUUCUUAGAGACAACUUUGUUUCUUUGUCUGUUUUGCUGGAUUAUAUAUGCAAAUUAUUUAAAAAAUGUUACAUUGAUUAUGCUCUCAUCUUAGAAUUUAAAUAAUUUAAAAAAAUCCAAUGGUGAAGGACAUUUUGAACAGCUAGACGAGGGUUUACAAAACUGGUGAACAACUGGUGGCUGGCGGUGCAUUGAAGGGGGUUUGUGAGUUAACAAAAAAAAAUAAUAAUAAAAUAUAUUAUUGUUAGUUUUUUUUUUAAGAUAUUUAAUCUUUCUUUUUCUUUUUAUGAUUUAAUUGUAAUUGAUUGUAAUUGUAAUUGAGGCAUGUCAUGUGACAAUCGUACACUACUACAAUAUUUCAGUAACCACUACAAUAAUACACCACACACGACAAUACAUCAAACUAACAACUGAUGCAAAAUGGACAGACAGGCUUUAUGUACCAAAGAAGGAAAAUUGCCAAAUGAAGAUAGACUUUAAAAUGUAUGAAAAUAAAUGUUUUUAAAGUUAA